UGGCUCCUAGGCGGCUGCAACGCCGGUCGCCGCGAGCGUGGGUUCGGCCCCAGCCGUUGGUGGCCUCGCGUACGUGGAGGUGGGGGGUCUCGGGCCUCUCCCCGUCCCGGACCGGGUCUCUCGGCGCCUUCCCCAGCCGGGUCCCCGGCCUCGCGGCCGCUCCGGGCGCCGCCCCGCGCCGGCCGGCCGUAAUCGCGCCUCGGGCCGGACGAUGCCCAAGAAGCUGCUGCUGCUGCCCCCGCUCUCGGCGUCCUCGACUCUCCGCGUCCCCCGAGCCAGCCCGGCCGCCCGCCCGGCCAUGAACGCCGCCCGCACCGGCUACCGGGUCUUCUCGGCCAACUCCACGGCCGCCUGCACCGAGCUGGCCAAGCGCAUCACCGAGCGUCUUGGUGCUGAAUUGGGGAAAUCCGUGGUCUAUCAGGAGACCAAUGGAGAAACAAGAGUGGAAAUAAAAGAAUCCGUUCGUGGCCAAGAUGUUUUCAUCAUACAGACAAUUCCCAGAGACGUGAAUACAGCUGUGAUGGAGUUGCUGAUCAUGGCGUACGCGCUGAAGACGGCCUGCGCCAGGAACAUCACCGGAGUCAUCCCUUACUUCCCCUACAGCAAGCAGAGCAAGAUGCGGAAGCGGGGCUCCAUCGUGUGCAAGCUCCUGGCGUCCAUGCUGGCGAAAGCAGGUUUAACUCACAUUAUCACUAUGGAUCUUCAUCAAAAGGAAAUACAAGGCUUUUUCAGCUUUCCCGUGGACAACCUUAGAGCCUCACCUUUCCUGCUUCAGUAUAUCCAGGAAGAAAUUCCCAAUUACAGGAAUGCAGUCAUUGUAGCGAAAUCUCCCGAUGCGGCCAAAAGGGCACAGUCCUAUGCCGAGAGACUCCGUCUGGGGUUGGCCGUGAUCCACGGAGAAGCGCAGUGUACAGAGCUCGACAUGGAUGACGGCCGCCACUCUCCCCCGAUGGUCAAAAACGCCACCGUCCACCCGGGGCUGGAGUUGCCACUGAUGAUGGCCAAAGAGAAGCCACCGAUAACCGUGGUCGGAGAUGUUGGCGGGCGCAUCGCAAUCAUAGUGGACGACAUUAUCGAUGACGUGGAAAGUUUCGUCGCGGCUGCGGAGAUCCUGAAAGAGAGAGGCGCUUACAAGAUCUACGUCAUGGCCACUCACGGCAUCCUGUCUGCGGAGGCGCCCCGCCUGAUCGAGGAGUCCUCCAUCGACGAGGUGGUGGUGACGAACACCGUCCCUCACGAGGUGCAGAAGCUGCAGUGUCCCAAGAUAAAGACUGUGGACAUCAGUCUGAUCCUCUCCGAGGCGAUCCGGAGGAUCCACAACGGGGAGUCCAUGGCCUACCUCUUCCGGAACAUCACCGUGGACGACUAGCCGCCGCCGCGCCCCCGAGGGGAAGCUGCGGAGCGCGAGCGUCGGCUUCCACACGCAGUUCCUCUCGGGGGGCUGGGGGGGCGGCUGGACAGAGCCUCAAGUCACGUGGUCUGUCCUGCCCCGGUCGGUGGGUCGGAGGCACGGAGAUGGUCAAGGGGAAGACAGAGCUAGUGGAUAAAUGGCCUUAAACGUCUGCCAGCUUCAUCUGUUCCUUAAACAAGGUUACGCUCUGCUGGAAAGCAUCUCCGCAUCUUACGGAAACGGAAAAGGAGCUACAGACCCACAAGGUCUUACCUGUGACCUGCGCUGUUUGCGCUGCAGGGACUUGCGUGGGGAGCCGAGUGCCCCGGCGCGGUUCCGUCCCCUUGUCCCCUCCCCGUUCGUCCUCACCGAAGUCUUCCGCAGGAAGCCCCCCUUUUCUGUGAGACGCUGCUGUGCGUGCGGCCACCGAGCAACGAGGCUCUGGGGCUCACGUCGCUUUUCAACAGCAAAUAAAAGAACCUGUGGUCUC